AUGUAUCACUUAAUUAACGCGAAUACGAAAUUAAUGCGUCGCAAAAUUAACGCGGUUGAGGGCCAAACAGCGUUAAAUCCUGAUUCGUUAAUUUUCUGCAAUCAGGCCGAAGAUGCACAACCAAAUAUUUCUGACUUCCAGAAAUCCUUUAUUAACGAUUCCGGCUUGUUUGGCGAUAUGCUCAGUGUUAAUGAGACAUACGAAGAAGAAUAUGAAAAAGAAUCAGACAACGAUUCUGAAUUAGAUGAUACACGGGACACAAUAUCUUACAAACCUUCAGAAUCAAGUGAAAGUGAGGAAUAUGACAGCGAACACGGCGACGGUGGCAAUAAAAAUAAAGUUACUGUGAAAAUUGACGAUAUAAAUGGUAUGGAUGUUUUCAAUUUCCGUGAGGCAGAUGCAGAAAGCGAAAGAGAGAACGAAGAAGAAUUAAUUGAAGGUGUUAUAAUUCCUAUGACGAACAAAACGAAAAGUGGACUCAGGAUUUACGACAGAGUACAUGCUUGUUACUUUUGCGGGACACUUACCUCAAAAUUGUCACAACAUCUUUUUCGCCACCACAAUAAAGAGCAAGUGGUGCAAGCAAUCUUAAACCUUUCCGUUAAAGAUAAAAAUGAGUCGGUCAAACGAAAACAUGCAAUUGACGCUCUACGAAAAAAAGGCGACUUUUUUCAUAACACAAAGGUCUUGAAAGCAGGACAUGGUAGUAUGAUUAUCUACCGACAGUCAAAAGGAUUACACAAGCCCGACGACUAUAUACCAUGCAAAUUUUGUCUGGGUUUCUUUUACGCUGGUGACAUAAACAGACAUUGUAAAAGAUGCGUGCAUCGAAAAAGUGAAGGAGAUGAGCACCACAUUAACAUUCAAAAUCAGUGUGAACUGCUUCUGUACCCCCAAAAAAAACCGGUUAGUGGUUCAAUAGAACUGCAAGAAUCUGUUGUCCAACCAAUGAAUAACGACAAUAUUAAAGAACUUAUUAAGAGCGACGAACUAAUCCUUACAUAUGGAUCGUUUAUUGUCAGUGGAAAGGGGGUUAAAAAAUCGUCCAACAUUUCACAGAAAAUGAGAAUAUUGGCCAGGUUGGUUUUGGAAAUAAGAAGAAAUGCAAGCAUGAAAGAUUUCUCAUUGCUGGACUGUUUAACUCCAGCUUUCUUUGAUGAUGUUGUUGAGGCCACCAAACGUCUUGCUGGGUUUACAAACACCAAUAAUGACGGUGAAAAAGUGCCCGCAUUUAAUAAGCCAUCAUUAGCAUUAAAACUCGGUUACGCUGUCGAGAACUGUGCCAUGUUGUUGCAAGGGCUUGGUCUAAGAAAAGGUGAUGACACAAUUGUUGUUAAGGCGCAGAAAUUUCAGAAAAUCUUUCAAAGUGAAUGGUCUUGCGAUAAAAGACUUCAAGAAGUACUAAAAGAAAUUAAAAUAACCCCGAGCACAGAUCUAUGGAGGGAACUAGCAGACAUAAUUCUGACUAGAGUUACAGUUUUUAACAAAAGAAGAGGAAACGAACCUUCUUUAAUAUUAUUGUCAAGAUAUACAUCAAAGAAUUCUCGUUCGAACGUUGUCCAUGGUGAUAUUUUGGAAACACUGUCCACCUUGGAAAAGAAACUGAUGAACAGGUUGCAAUCAUUAUGUGGAAAAAAAAGGAAAAUUCAUAAAAACUUCAAUUUUAAUGGAGAUGUAAUCAAAUCGAAUAAAGAAUUUGGAACAUUAGUACGCAAAUUGUUUCUUUCAGUGGUUAAGAGAAACAGAGAUAGUGUGGUAUUUUACAACAACCUUUGUUUAAAAACUCAGGAUCGGCCCUUAUUAAGCUCAACUAAUUCAUCUGCUCAAGGAUAUUGUAUUAGCGGAACUGGGGAUACAUUUGCUCUUGCUAGAAGUGAAUCCUUCAUAAAUCACUUAUAUUUAUACAGACUAAUUUGGGACGAUUAG